AUGGGGAAGACUCUGGACCAGUCCACGCUCGGUCUCGAUCAAUUUACGGCGGAUGAAAAGUUUGGAUAUUUCCACACCUACCGGACCAAACGUGAAAUGCGUCUCGUUUACUUCGACGGGCAGUCGGCCGCUAAAUUGUUGAGAGGUACGCUCGAUAUGCAGGAUAUUGUCCUUCUAAAUGCAACUUGGUUCGAUGGAAGCCCUGCGGAAGGUGACAACGUCCGUGCCGACGGGCUUUGCGCUUUGGCUCGGGACAGGUGGGACAACCGCGUGGACGGGUUCAUUCGCAUGGUCGGAGGGUUUGAGAUAAUCCUAUGUUCAUUUGCCGAUAAUCUCGAUGUUGCGAGCAUUUUAGUGGACAAGGUGUCGCCCUCAUUUUAUGCACAGUUCACGAUAAAACAGACUCAUGAUGCAAUAUUUCUACGAGAUUUUCAACAAGCAACGCCCGGGUGGUCUAGUGGUAUGAUUCUCGCUUAG